GUACGGGUUGCCUUUGACCUUCACGACCGCCACAAACGAAUACACCUACCCAGACACCUUGACGUUCUCUCGAUGAUUGAGCUGCCAUCUACGACUACGUCUGACACGAACGAUGAUUUUUUCCUCGAAAGGCUCGAUAUGUUCUGCAGCCACACCCUUUUAGACGCCAUCAACUCCUUCGCCGCACGGGAAAUGCGACCUGUCGAGCAGGUACGGAGGUCGGUCGCUGCGUGGCACUGCAAGCAGCUGUUCAAUACUUCAACCAGUGAGCUUGCAUCGCCAGAUUCUCCAGCGCAUCUUACUCUGAAUAGCAUCUCCGAACAACUUGAAAGUCUUCGCGCGGUUGCAUCUGUAGAAUCCUUUGUCCUUGCUGUGGCGCCACAUAACUCUGUCGAGGACGCCGACGCUGGCUUUCUCGGUGGGUGAGGCCAUUUCCAUUCUCCUCGUUCUUGCACCUCUUAUCUACUCACUUUUUUCCUGAAGGACUCUAGCCGGACGUCAAUUUUGGCGCGAAUUUCGACACGGAGGCGAAGGUGGCGCUAAGGCCUUUCGGCAAU